AUGCAAAACCAAAGUUUUGACGUUGAGUUCAUCUUCCUGGGACUUUCACAGAAUCCACAUGUUCAGAAACUGGUAUUUGCUGUAUUUCUGCUCAUCUACAUUGCCACUGUAGGGGGCAACUUGCUGAUUGUGGUGACCAUCAUCAGCACUCCAGCUCUACUGGGCUCCCCCAUGUACUUCUUCCUGGCAUUCCUGUCCUUCCUGGAUGCUUGCUUCUCUACUGUCAUUGCCCCCAAGCUGAUUGUGGAUUCUCUCUAUGCGAAGCAUCCUAUGACAUUUGGAGCCUGCAUAACCCAGCUCUUCUUUGGACACUUUUUUGCUGGCGUGGAGGCGAUUGUCCUCACAUCCAUGGCCUAUGACAGAUACGUGGCCAUUUGCAAACCCUUGCACUACUCUUCCAUCAUGAACUGGAGGCUCUGUGGUCUUCUGAUUGGAGUAGCCUGGGCAGGGGGCUUUCUGCAUUCCAUCAUACAGAUUUUCUUUGUUUUACAGCUGCCAUUCUGCGGCCCCAAUAUCAUUGACCAUUUUAUGUGUGACUUACAUCCUUUACUGGACCUUGCCUGCACUGAUACUCAUGUCUUUGGUCUGUUUGUGGUCGCCAACAGUGGAUUUAUCAGUAUACUAAUCUUCUCAAUGCUGCUGGUCUCCUAUGGUGUCAUCUUAUUCUCCCUGAGAAACCAUAGCACUGAAGGGCAGAGGAAAGCCCUCUCUACCUGUGGAUCUCAUGUUGCUGUUGUGGUUUUGUUCUUUGUCCCCUGUAUAUUUGAAUAUGCACGACCUCCAACUGCUUUCUCCUUUGACAAAAUAAUAGGUAUUUUUUACACCAUCCUCACUCCUUUGUUCAAUCCUUUGAUUUAUACAUUCAGAAAUAAGAAAAUGAAAAAUGCUAUGAAGAAAUUAUGUAACCGAUUCAUGAUUACAUCCUAUGAAACAUAA